CUUUUACUUAAUAUACCCUCGGUUUGCCAUAUUCUUAUUAGAAAGCCGAAAUAUUUAACUCUUAUUAAAUAGAAUGUGAUACUUAAAAAAUAAUUAAAAUAAAUCAUUUGUUCAAAAAUAGGAAACAAAUGAUAUACAACAUAAAAUAUUAAACUCGUUAAAUGAUUAUUAUUUUUUAAAAUUUGUAGUGUAUUAUGUUAAUUUACAGCAAACAUUAUGGGUAUCAAAUAUCAUCGUAAAAAAAGACGAAAAAAAGUCCUCAGGCCAAUUUCGGCCAUUAAAGAAAACAUUUCAGAACCAAUGGGUAUAAAACUCCCUGAUGGCCUACUUAUUGGAGUUGGAUCAUCAGCAUACCAGAUUGAAGGAGCUCCAUUUGAGGAUGGAAAAGGAGAAUCAGUUAUUGAUAGGUAUUGCAAAGAGCAACCAGACUGGAAUGAAGAUAGUUCCAAUGGUACAGUGGCUUGUGACAGCUACCACAAAAUAAAGGAAGAUGUAGCAUUGCUCAAGGAUUUAGGGGUUAAUUUUUACAGGUUCUCAAUAUCUUGGCCCCGCAUUAUUCCUACAGGUGAUCCAAUAGAUAUUAAUCAAGAGGGUAUAGACCAUUACCAUAAGUUAAUAGACACCCUUCUAGAUGCCAAAAUUCAGCCAAUGGUUACAAUGUACCAUUGGGACAUACCACAAGAUCUUCAAUUACUUGGUGGGUGGACUAAUAAAGUGGUGGUUGACUUCUUUGUUGAAUAUGCAAGAAUACUCUUCAAGGAAUAUGGAAAUAAGGUAAAACGAUGGGUUACUGUGAAUGAACCACAACUCAUAUCUCAGUACGGAUAUGGUGGUGGACCCCAGCGCACAAAUAUUUCUUUCCCACCAGGAAUCAAUCAAUGGCUAGGAUUUGCUGAUUACCUUUCACAACACCACAUGCUUUUAGCUCAUGCGCAUACUUACAGGCUUUAUGAAAAGGAGUUCAAAAAGGCACAAAGAGGACUAGUUGGACCAGUUUUUCAAAUAUUCUGGAUGAAGCCAUACUCAGACACAGAAAAGGAUAGGGAAGCGGUCAGAAGAGCUCGAUUAUUUGAGAUUGAUUCUAUGAUGCAUCCAUUGAUUAAGGGUGAUUAUCCAACAGAGUAUAAGAGAAUAAUCGACACUCGCAGCAAAAAUGAAGGGAGGAGGAUAUCCAGACUACCCAGUUUUACAGAAGAAGAAGUGGAGCUUUUAAAGGGAAGUUUUGACUAUAUUGGGAUAAACUAUUAUACAGCCUAUGAUGUUAAGUACUCUGAAAAUUUUCCCACUCCAUCUCAGAUGAAAGACUAUGCUGCAGAAAAAUAUGUAAAUCCUAAAGCAUUUACUCCUGGUGUAAAAUGGCUAUCUCAUCAACCUAAACAUUUCAGGAGUAGCCUUAAAUAUUUAAGAGAUAUUUAUGGAGAUUUGAGGUUCUUUAUCACAGAGAAUGGUUGUGAUGAUCCUAGUGGACUGAAUGACAAAGAUAGGAUAAAUUAUUUAAAGGAUCAUCUAAAACAGCUGAUUUUGGCGAUUAAUGAAGAUGGGUGUGAUAUUGGCGGGUACACAAUCUGGAGUUUUCUUGAUAGUUAUGAGUGGGCUUCAGGUUAUAAGGCCAAGUUUGGUCUUUAUAACGUUGAUUUUAAUGAUCGAAAGAAACCAAGAACACCAAAGAAGUCUGUGGAGGUUGUGAAAGAAAUUAUAAAAACAAGAAUUAUUCCAGAUUAAUGCCUAACUACAAUUUAAACAAUUCUAUUGAAUUGAGUUUUUUGUUUGCAUUUUUUAUAAUUUUGUACUAUAUUGAUUCUAAAUAUACCAGUUGUAAAUAAGUAAUAAAAACUAAUCCUCUGGAUAAUUGUUAACAAUUAUACCUGAAAGGAAUCAUCAGUUUGAGAAAGUUGAAAUCAGAACUAAUGAUAACAUCUGUAUAUGAAUCAUGAAACAUGUACUACUUUCCUGUAUAGAAAAAAAAGAAUUUGUUUUAGAAUGUUUUUAAAAUUUGCAAAUAAUUUA